AUGGCAUUAGACCAAGUGUGUUAUCUUUUUUUUAUCAUAUGCCAGAAUGGUGAAAUCUACAUUGAUGAUGGAACGGAUAAUGUUCGGGCUCUGCCCGCUGAGAUAAUGGAGGCUAUUGAGGCGAGCGGUGACGGACCAAAUGCCAUUGGUGGCACAACGACAGACGAUGAGGAUCUUAUACCCACAGAGGGAUCAGGAAAUAACCUUGUUGAUCCAGCAGUCUCUUUCUCUCCCACAUCAAAAAUAACGACUAUGAAUAACAAUAUAAACGAGAACGCUGGCGGGAGUGGUGGACCCACAAUUUCAAAUGGCAUUGCACCAAUUUAUGACGAGGAUGGGAAUGUGAGGUAUAAGAAUGGAAAUGAUGCCCUCGGAGCUGAACCCAACGAUGUCAAUGAAGAGCCCCAGAACUUCUUCAAGAUGAUCUUUGAGAAUCCCGCUAUCUUAGCAGGUAUGGUUGGUGCUGUGGUUCUGAUUCUUCUGACAGUUGUUCUUCUCUUCCUCUUUGUCAUCUACCGCAUCAAGAAGAAGGAUGAAGGAAGCUAUUCCCUCGACGAGCCACACAAAGUCAAGGACCCCACAGCAUACUGGAAAGACACUAAAGAGUUCUACGCAUAAAACACUUUCACCUUUUUUCUUUGAAGAGAUUUUUAUUUUAUUCGCGUAUCUUGUUUUGGGAGAAGGCAGGGCAGGGAUAAUGCUCAGGUCGACUCGCCAACAAUUAUGACUCUUUUAUUUCAACGAUCAAAUUUGGAAGAACUCAACAUGAUACAGGCCUGCAUAAACUUCUUUCCAUCACGAACUGACUGACUGGCCUCGAAUUCUAAAUUGUUAUAUGCAAGGGUAUGUUUUGUUUCUUUGAAAGAAAUGAGUAUUUUUGUUUAUACAUCCAACAAAAAGGGGAAUGUCGAAGGUAUUUUUUCUUCAGUGCUUAGGUCUCAGGGUGUUCUAAUUGAGGAAAAGUUAUCCUCUUUUAAUAGUUGUUCAUGUUAUGUUUUAAUCCGUAAUGAUAAAAAGAUACACGUCAUACGGUUUCUUUUUAUCUUAAAUCAUCUUAAGAAAAAAAAUUAUAAUGGGAUCUUGUUGUUGGGUUACAAACAAAAUGCGGAUGAAGAAGCUGGUAAAGGAUUAUUUAAGUUGAAUGGUAUAUUUUCUACAGAAAUUUUGCACUUUUAUGAUGUAUCUUUGCACAAUGUUUUAGCCUUUUGAUUUUUUUUUCUUGAUUGUACUUUAGUUUAUUUUUACCUUGAAAAGAGAAAAUUGUGUACUUAAGACUGAAUUAAAUCUUCCAUGUAAUCUUCAUUUGAAUGAACACUGAAUUGGAUUAUACAUGUAGAUCCAAUCACCCAUUAGGUCAACAGCAUUCAUUCCAAACUUAUGUUUAUUCUCCAGUUAGAAUACAUUUGACACGAUACAUUGUAGAUUCUUUAUAUGAAUUAGAAGUCACUGUUUUCAUUCAGAAUAUCAAAAUAGGAAAUAAAGCAAGAUCUUUCCCAAAAUAAUCUAUGAUACCGUAUAAAAUGGUGAAGCCCGUUUUCAUCCGGAACUCUUUUCUUUCACUUUAUUCUCUUACAUUACUAUGAAAUGUGCCUCCAUCAAAAAAAAAAAAAAACACCAACAAGAGAAAUGUGUAUAUGUAUAAAUGAAGUAUGAUAGAUGAAAUGGCUGUAGACCUCGUCUAGUUAUAUUUGUAUUAGUGAACUCGGUUGUUUGAUGUUUCCUCUAAUAGUUUCAGACCUCCCCGUGUUCAAUCAUGUUGUAUCGAUUGCAUACCAGUCUGUUUGGUGUUUUUAUAAGAAAAAAAUAUCAAUAUUAUUAUCAAGCAUGAAAUAUGGAGUUGUACUUAUUAAUGGCUACUGUGUGUUGAUGAUAAACACAUGGCACUAAAUGUAAGUGUUACCAGUAAGUUAUUGCACUCUCAUUUUUAUACAACAUAGCGAUAGGUUUUACUGCCAGUGGAGAAAUUCAAUUUGUUAGCUUGAUUGUGUGGAUGAACUUAUUUUUAUGGGAUGAAUGAAUUUGCAAGAGUGGUGUACGUAUAUGUUUAUUUUGUCUGGAAGAUUAAACCCAGAUAUACUGAAAAGAAUGGCACAAUUGCAUCUUGACAUUCAAUCAACCCAAAAGGUCACAGUAUUCUGAUUGAUGAAUUUAAGUAGAUAAAAGAUAUAUAAAAGCUCUUUGUUUCACAAUACUACAUGGAUACUAAAAAGAAUUGGAAGAAUAACAACAGAAAUGUCAAUUUUCAGAGUUCCUUUGCAAAUCAAAUCAGAAGAAAGAAAAUGAUGUGAAAAGUUGUGAAAUAUAUUCAUUUUUACAUAUUGUGUUUCUUUUUGUGAGCUAUUUGUAACCUGUAAAACGUAACAUGUGUAAGAAAAUGUUUAUUGUUAAAAAGUGACUCCAAUGUAUUAAACAUUUUUCUCUAAGUUAGUGAUUUACAAAACGCUACACCUAUGAAAUUUGUACAAAGAAUGUAGCAUUUUCUUUAUUCAAUACUUGUAUAAGUUACAUAGCGGGUUUUCCAUGUACGUUAAGAUAUUUAACAGAGUAAUUUUAGAUGCUGAGGCAUAAUACGAUGAGUAUUUGCCAAUGCAAGACUGUAUAUAUGCUUUUAAGCUUGCUUUCUUUUAUUAUUAUUAUAUUGGUGGUAGAAUUUCAUGUAUAUUAUUAACCAAUUUUAAGAACAAAGUUCUACACAUUCAGAGGCGUAGUAUUGAGAGUUAUAGUGAUCUCUAUCUGGUCAUCAUUUUUGUUUAAAUCUCAAAUUCAUAUAGCAAUAUGCGCAAUUUGCACAAUCUACCUGCUUGUUUCAGUUACUCAUAAAAAAUAUUCAAAGACUAUUCAGCUCUAUUUAUACCUCCGAUACUACUCAUUCAUAUGUCUAUUCGACCUUUUUCCUGAAAUCGAUUGACCAUUCUAAAAAAAUACAGAUCCAUUUUAAGUUCAUCAGGCAGGCAGGCUAGCAUGUCUCGUUUGCAUGUUUUACUUGGUUUAUUUUGACCGAUAUGUUAGCUGAAGUUACAUUUUAAACUGAUUUGAGUGAACGUCAUGUGUACAAAAAAAAAGAUGUGUGUAAUUUGUAAUUUGUGUAUGAACAUCAAGAACUAUGCACGAUUUAUGCGACCCUGAAAAUGAAUAGACAAUUAUUUAAUCUUCUAAGUAGUGAGUUCAGUUGUCAGUGAUCAUGUUAGUCGUGAUUUUAAUUUUCAUACAAGUGACUGAACUCGGCCCGUCAAUGUCUAUAUUCAUAAUCAAGAAGAGACAAUCACAAGUCUUCUGAUCCAAAAUUUGAUUAAGAAUUGAUAAUACUUAAUGUUGAUUCCUUCAUUCUUUUGGUAAUAUUCUAAUCUAGUGUAAGAAUAUUGGGUUGUUUGGCAUAAUAGCAUUUCAAAAUAUAUACAAUUAAUGUGAACUUCUCUGAUGAAAGAAAAAGAAAUAAUUCAGUUGUAAUGGUACUUUAAGUCGCUGGCUUGAAUACAAAUUUUUGACAUGAUUUCACAAAAAGUGCAAGCAAAUUCUUUGAAAAGAGGGGAAGGUUAUAAUGUUAUCCUGUAUUGUGAGAUACAACUAUCUUUAUGAAGACUGAAAUUUCUCAAUGUUGGAUAUUUUCUUGUUUGUUUGUGGACCAAAGUUAAUUAAAUGCUGUGAAUUGCUUUCAGUAUCCACAAAAUGCUAUAUAGUAUCAGCAACAGAAUUGCGUCAGCUAAUCAGUUUGCAUGAAAAUAAACUGGGAUCCUUUUUUUUAUCACCAUCUUAAAUUUUAACUUCUUGAUUUUUUUUAAUUGGAAUUUUAAACUGCCUUUCUUAUUUGACAAUAAAUAUAGGAGUAAUCUAGCCUAUCUAAAAUGACUCAAUUUGAAACAAACAUAAGGCAUUUUAGCUUUGAGCAUUGUUAUGUGUUUAUAAUAAUAUAUCACCUUAUUCCCCUCGUCUCCUUUGGUUUUUAUCCCUUUCUUAAAGAUGUCUGCCAUCAAUAAAUUCACCAGCAUUUUUUCAUAAA